CUAACGCGUUGUAAAAUGGCGGACGGCGAUUUGUGAAUGCAGAAUUUUGCUCAUUGUGAAUUUUUCAUUGAAACAGACGUGUUACUUGUGUGUUAUUUUAGGAAAGUAGAAAUUAAAACCGUAAUUCAAGAAUUAGUUAAUUAAAAUACCUAUUUUGUGUAUGUGACAAAACAAUGUGUGUGAUUUUGUGAGUUUUUUUCCUGGUGAAACAGUGGCGUGGUGAAAAAUGACUCAGUUUUUGCCACCAAACUUGCUUGCGCUGUUCGCGGCGAGGGACCCGAUCCCCUACCUGCCGCCAGCGGCCAAGCUCCCUCAUGAGAAGAAGCAGAAAGGCUACGAUGGAGUCGGCGCCUUCCUCAACGUUUUUGAGCACCCCUCAGAAACCCCGCCACCGACUCGUGUGGAGACCCGCGAGGAGAGACUGGAGAGGCGGCGACGGGAGCGCGCCGAGCAGACCGCUUACAAGCUGGAGCAGGAGAUCGCGCUGUGGGACCCGGCCGCCAACCCCAGGGCCACUACCGACCCCUUCAAGACGCUGUUUGUGGCUAGGAUUAACUAUGACACUUCAGAAUCAAAACUCAGAAGAGAGUUUGAAGGAUAUGGACCUAUUAAAAAGAUAUACAUGGUGUACAGCAAAGAGAACGACAAGCCGCGCGGAUACGCGUUCAUCGAGUACGAACACGAGCGCGACAUGCACUCGGCCUACAAGCACGCGGACGGCAAGAAGAUCGACGGCAAACGGGUACUGGUGGACGUGGAGCGAGCCAGGACUGUCAAGGGAUGGCUGCCGAGGCGGCUAGGCGGCGGGCUAGGCGGCACGCGGCGCGGCGGCGCGGACGUGAACAUCAAGCACUCGGGCCGCGAGGACAACGAGCGCGAGCGAGAGAGAUACAGGCUGGAGCAGCACCGCGACCAGCACCGCGACCGCGACCGCGACCGGGACCGGGACCGCCGGCGCCGCAGCCGCAGCCGCUCGCGCCGCCGCUCCACGUCCCGCUCCAGAAGGCGCGACCGGGACCGCACGAAGGACGACGAGGCUACCGACAGCAGUCGAAGGCGCAGACGCUCCCGCUCCCGUUCCGAGCGGCGCGCGGGCCGGGCGCGCUCCGAGCGGCGCGACAAGAAGCGCGCGCGCCGCGACCGCGACCGCCGCGAGCCCAAGCUCAAGGCCGAGGACGUCAAGGUCAAGCAGGAGCCGCACGACGACUACCCCGAGUUCAGUAUCCCGCCCAUGGACGUGCAGAUCAAGCAGGAGCCGCGCGACGACGAGAACAAAUACAAUCCCGAGGACGCAAACGGGGACGAAUACAACUACUGAUCUUCCCAACCGCCACCCCCACGGCACGGCCGCGCUUCUAUUGUAUUUUACGCUCAGCCACGUUCAUGUUACAAGAGAAGAUGACGUUCCCAAAAUCCACCCUAUUCCCAUUUGCCACCCUUGUGCAGGUUAGUACUAAUAGUACAAGCCAGAAUUACGUUUACACUCAGAAUGAAAAGCCUGACAAAAAUAAAUUUGUCUUAUGAAAUAGAAAAGCAUUAUUUUAUAUUUAUAGCAACUAAUAGAAUUCUCAUUUUAGAGCAUUCUGUCUCAUUCAACAUUGAAAGUUGAAAAGGGACAAGUCGCUUAGCGUUCGCGUAAACUCUAGAACGUAUUCAAAAGCUAGUAAAUUAUUCUACUGGCAACAAUCCUAUAGUGCUUGUGUACUGGCAACAAUCCUAUAGUGCUUGUGUACUGGCAACAAUCCUAUAGUGCUUGUGUACUGGCAACAAUCCUAUAGUGCUUGUGUACUGGCAACACCAAUACGGUGGAUUUUACAGUAAAAUACUGGUAUGUGGCGAAUAAAAAUUACAACGAAUUGAAACAAACAUUUAAAAAAGACUAUUUUUUUAACAAUGAAUCACAACGUUGCCAAAUUGCCACUUAGUCCGGCAAUGUUGCCAAUUCACACGUUGCCAGGUGGAUAGUUUUAACACAGCUUAAAAUAUCCAGCUGAUUCGUUGCCAACGCACAAUAAAAUUAUGGUUUGGAUAUUGUUUACUACAACGGGUAAGCUCUCGGCUUGCAUCUCACCUGAUAGAAAGUAAUGAUCAGCCCGAAGUUGUAAUCUAUUUUCAUUCGGAAUCCUUAAUCUUAGAGGAACUGGCUAUUAUACCUUUAAUUUCUCCAAUAGUCCUUGUACACUAUGUAUUAAAUUUUUAUAAGCUUGCCACAAAUUGGCAAGAUUCACUCUAUUUUCAGCCUUACUGUAUGGACCUAUAGUUUAAAAUAUAUUAGGGAAAUUCGUCUCUUAAGUCGACUAGCUACUACGGCUGUAACACCAAUUCUUUGACGCAUUUUUUAUAAUAUCUGAGAUUAACUAGCACUUUAUGAUCUUACGUUUAAGAAUGUUUUUAAGAAUUGGACUUUUUUAUUAGUACCAAUGUUGUAUUAUUCAUUUUAUUAAGUUUAUUGUAUUACUAAUGCAUACAGCAUCCAUUUUAAUUCCUAGCUCAAAUCAAUUUUGUGUAAAAUCUUUAGUUUCCUAUCACUUGGGGUAGGAAGGAGUGAGAUCUAUUUUUAAAUUUAUCGUCCUAGGUCUGUUAUAAAAACUCAAAACACAGUCCAAACUAAGGCAUAUAAGUUUUUAUUGGUUGAAUUACAGUACAGUGUCGCUUCAAGAAUGGAUCAAACAAAGAAUUGAUUCUACUGCUCAAAUGCCAUACUUUACUACAGGAAAAAUAUCUUUCCCCAAAAAAAUUGUCGUCCCCAUAUUCAUUGGCUGAUUACUGAUGACAAUUUGUGUAGAAAGGUAAUUAUUUGUUGUAAGAUUUGAAUUUCCUUCUUUUUUCUGGGGGAAAGUUGCUUCAUUUCAAGCCUUAGAAUCUUAUCGUUUUUGUUAUUCAUACUUAAAGCGACACCCUAUAAUUUAGAUCAAUCAUAGGACAGAAACUAUGACCGAGUUUAGGUUUUGUUUGUAACGGACCAUAGAUAUUUGAAAGGGACAGCUGCAUAUUUUAGCUGUGUUGUUAGGAAUCAAUAGCAAUAUUCUUAUAUUGUGCGGUAGUCUUAGUUGUAAGGUAUGGACUAAAUAAAUUCGUGAUAAGUA